GCUCUCUCAAAGUGCAGACCGUGCCUGCGCGCUCGCAUUUCACCUGCCUUCCUGCUGCUCCUACUACGUGCCGGCUUUGCCUUCGUUAUCUGCGAUCUGUGAGCUGUAAGGUCGAAACGCCUCCCUCGCCAGUGGUUUGGUACUGACACCCAGAACAAGUGCCAGCGCAGAGCAGGAGAUCGUACACCGGAGAGCCCGGGAUUUGGAGAGAUGAGCUCGCUUCUCUGCGCGCUCGCUGUCUUUGCUGCCGCGAUGUUCACUGCAGUGAGCGGCAAGCAGGUGGUCACUGGAAUGUACGGGGACACCAUCACCGUGCCCUGCAACAAUGGCAACAACAAGCCAUCGGAUCUGAUCUUCACCAAAUGGAAAUACCUGAACGAAGACAACACCUCAGGAGAUCUCUUGGUGAAGCAGGCUCAGAAGGAAGAGGCCAAGAUCAUAGCCACGAACGGCUAUAAGGAUCGCAUCAGUAUCACGCCCAACUCCAGCCUCCUGAUCAGAGACGCUGCCCUCCUCGACGAGAAGAUCUUCAUCUGUAUCGUGGUGUCCCUGGUCAACCUUAAUGAAUACCCUGUGGAGGUGGCAGUGUACAAAAGGCCGUCAGCACCCGAGAUCAAGAACAAAGCAAGUCAACUGGAAAACGGCAAACUGACACUGCUGGGAGAGUGUGUAUCUGCAGAUGCGAACCCACCAUCAGAAAUUGUCUGGCUGAAGAACAAUAAGCCUCUGCUGACUGAUAACAGGACAAUCAUUAUUAACUCCUCCAUAAAGAAGGACCCCUCCACCAGUUUGUCCACCUCCAUCUCCCGUUUGCAGUACAUGGCAGGAAAAGAGGACACGACGUCAAAGUUCACAUGUGUCGCGAGACACGUGACGGGGCCGGACCAGCACACAGCGCCUGAGAACUUCAGCAUUCACUACCCCACUGAGAAGAUGAGUCUGCAGUUCCUCUCUCUGGUUCCCAUUAAGGAAGGUGAUAACGUGACACUGAGAUGCCAGGCAGAUGGAAACCCUCCCCCCACCAGGUUCAACUUCGACCUGAAGGGCGAGAAGCACACAGAAUCCGGCCGGGACAUGAUGCUGGCUGCCGUGAACCGCAACCACUCCGGCGAAUACAAAUGCUCACUGGCCAGCAACGACAAAAUGGUGGCCACAGCGACGCUCAACGUGACCUACCUGGAUCUCUCUCUCAGUCCUACUGGAGAUGUGAAUAAGAAUGUUGGGGAAUCGUUGGAGGUGAAGAUGAAGAAGUCAUCCUCAAGUGAGCCCACGGUGUCUUGGACCAAGGACAAUGAGAAGCUGGACAAACUGCCCGACUUCAGCACGCUGACGUACAGCCAUGCGGGAUUCUACGUGUGCCAGGUGUCCGUGCUGGGAAUCAAGCGUAGCGCCUCGUUCAGGCUGGUGGUGCAAGGGUCCCCUGUGAUUAAGAGUCUGAAGAAACACCGCAGCGCGAAUGGCAAAAACAAGGUGCUUGUGUGUGAGGCUGAGGGCUCACCAGAGCCGGACGUUCACUGGAGCGUCAACGGGACUCACGAUGAGAAAACAUACAAAGACGGAAAGGCUAUCUACAAACUGACCGUUGUGCCCAGUAUGAACCUAACAGUGACCUGCCAGGUCAGCAACACUUUGGGCUACGACAGUAGGGUCAUUAACGUCUCCUCCCUAAUUGAUGAGGAGCAAAAGGCGAAACCAGAUAAAUCGGAAGACAGCGACGACAAGGCCAAGGUGAUCGUGGCUGUGGUGGUGGGCCUCCUUGUGGUGGCAGCCUUGGUGGGCAUCAUCUACUGGCUGUACAUGAGGAGGAGGCAAGGCAGCUGGAAGACAGGCGAGAAGGAGGCGGGUACGUCUGAGGAGAGCAAGAAGCUGGAGGAGAACAACCACAGGACUUAGAGCACCCCGAGGAGCUGGACGUGCAGAGAAGAGAGGCCUUGUCACACUGAAUGUGCUGUACACCACCUGUCUAUCAUCUGAUCCCAGACGCCUGACUGGCCGCGACUCUCCUCUCAGGCAGUGAAUGUGCACAUUACAGAAAUUUGCUGAAUACUUCCAAAAUGUCACACAACCCAGACGAAGAUUCCUGACAAAAUUCCCCACAACCAUCUGCACUGUAGAAAGGAGAAAAAAAAAACACUUUGUGUUGUCAGUUUAGUCUGCACUGAAAACCUGAGUCUGAUUUUGUGUUCCUGGUGAAUGCUCUUGUUUUAUGCGCAUUGGUGGGUUCGGCUCCCCCCUGAUCUUUUUAGCAAAAAAAAGAAAAAAGAAAGUAAAUUCACUGUACACUUUUUGGGCCUUUAUAAAUGUGUCAAACGUGAGCAUGUUCUCUUUGCUCAAAGCUGAGAUUACCGUACAAUUCAGGUUUAGUUAAUGCGGGACUGAGAAUAGUCUCUCUCCUGACUUAAUCUGCUCCUGUGAAGCCUGCUGGAUUGUGGAAGGACUUCACUGACUUCACUGCUGUUACACUCCUCUCAGUUCACGUCCUGUUUGUCCUUUAUGUUCAUCGGGUGAGCCGGCCUGCUUUUGGCUGCUUCCAGCCCUGUCCAAGUUCGAUUUUAUUCCUGAAAGUCCAGAAGAUGAGCUGAUUUUUGUUUCCUUAGUGUUUAAAGCAUAUCUGAAUAGUAGACGUAGCGUUAGGGUUCUGUCUCUGUAGGCCGAAGCUGAAGAUGUUUGAAGAUGAAGAUGGUAAACGCAGGGACUUAAAGUUUCUUUUAUCCUUCAAGUUACAGCCCUGCAAGAAGGCUUUUCCAGGCUUAGCCUCCUGGGGGAAACACUAAUCUACCGAAGGCGGAUGAUGUGGGGAGAAAAAAAAAAACCCCGCUAAGUCCAAAUAGCAGAUUGCGAUGUUACCUUCACCUUUUAUGAGCAUCUCCACCCACAUGCUACAGUCACAGCAUUUUGCAGCCUGGCACUCACAGCCUCCACAUCUCCUGUUAUUUAUUUAUUUUAAGAAACUACAUAAAAAGAUAAAAACGUAAGUUGAGCUUCUCUGUUUGGCUAAAGCCCAAGAUGGAACGUCUCAGUGGUGGGGUUGAGACUAUGACGUUUCUUACGCUGUCCGCUUGUUGAGCCCGUGUGGGAUUUCUGCUGUCCAGCAGAGCUGGUCGUCCACGCGUGCUUUCAUACAUCAGCUUUCCUCAGCACUGGUUAAGAUACGUUCCAACUGCCUGGGGGAGGGUUUCUUUCCUUUGUAUUUCUUCAUCUUCUGAUUUAGCAUCACACGCUGUAGCUUUUGGCUCGUGGUAGAUGUAGACAUAGUUCUGUUAACCGUGAUCUGAAGAGGUGUGUUGUAAAUAUGACUGCUCUUUGUGUCCAGCUUAUGUUCUGGCUAUUUAUAUUGUGUGAGAAUGUGAGGUUCGCUGCAUAUCUGUCCGGGCACUAGUUAGGCAACCCCAAACCCACACUUCCUUCUGUACCUUCAAAAUGUAUCAUUUCCUCCACUGCAGGGUAGUUAGGAGCUGUUUGGAGACAUUUAAACACGUGUUCCGUUUGAAUUGGUUUUUAUUGUAUCUGUGGAGUCCAUAAAGGACAUUUUGUUAAAAAGUACUGAACAUUAAAGGUUUUGGGCAUAAUUGGAACUCUGUCUCCUCCACAUGUUUAUCCUAAACUUUGUCUCCUCCAUAUGUUUAUCCUAAACCAUCAGGGCAGCAGUGAAACCAAAGAGGGUAAAUGAAAAGGUGGCCGUAAGUGUUUGUAAAUACCGACUUUUGGUUUUGUACUUUUGUUGAGAAUAAAGUGUACAUUUUGAAGAAAA